UACUUAUCCACAUUUGGUCUACUCGAAUUUUCCACUGAAAACCGCCGCGCUUUUCCAAGAUCCCAGGAACAUUGGACAAAAGAAUAAUUUAGUUGAAGAGUGGAGAAUGGCAUUAGUAUCAGGAGUAAGGUCUUCACUGAAUCCAAAUGCCCCUCUCUUUGUGCCUGCUGCGCUGCGCCAAGUGGAAGAUUUCUCUCCUGAAUGGUGGGAGUUGGUGAAAACUUCGACAUGGUUCCGCGAUUACUGGCUGAGCCAGCAUCAGGAGGAGGAUUUCGAUGGCAGCACCUCCGACUAUGCUGACGCUGAUGAUGGCGCUUUUGAUGCCGCUGAUAUAUUGCCGGAUGAUUUUGAUAUAGGCUUAGAUGAAGAGUUCUCUAGCCUAGAUAUUGGUAUAGAGGAACCCGCCUUGUUAUCUGAGGAUAAAGGAGAAGCAGGCUUGUCCCUUGCUGAUGAAAAAAGUAGAAGUAUGCCUCUUAAUGGUCUAAAAAUGGAUGCUAAAGCAAUCUUGAAGAGCUUGACUAUUCCAAAAUCGGCAAAUGAGAGACGUCCAAUGUCGCCUGCAGGACCUGCAAAGUACCGAGAGAAGCCGACUAAGAAUGUGAGCCCUAAAUCCACCCUGCGACGGAUUCAACAGCCCCGCUGAAAUAGUUAUGCAGAGGAGGGUCUUCUGUCACAUUGGAAUAGUCCUUGCAAUAGUAGCUUUAGUCUCUACUCAAUAAAGUUAGGAAAUGCAUAUAACAAGGUUGUGACCUGUGUCAUAUUGUCUUUGAUCUUUGGUGGGUUUUCUGCUAAUUAGUUUAAUUCGAGAUUUACUGUUUGAAGGAGUGGAUUAAAUGUGAGUGUGUCCACGGUCUAUGUUGAUCUUUGGUUGCUUGAAUAACUGUUGUAGCUGAAGUUUGCCAAAGAGGAAGAAUAAAAUGAAAAUCUUUCUCCGUAACAAUACACCGUUCAAGCUGCUUGGUUUUGCUGUUUUGUUCGGAUUGGACUGUGUUAUACCGCUAAUUACUCAAAUUGUUUCUCUUA